GAACAUGAUAUUCAUGAAUCAUUAAAUGUAAGAUGGUCACAAAAGAAGCAGGUCAUUCAACUUAGUGAAUGUUUAGAAUUAUUUACAACAACUGAAAAAUUAGGUGCUGAAGAUCCAUGGUAUUGUCCCGAAUGUAAAAAACAUCAACAAGCUACAAAAAAGUUUGAUUUAUGGUCAUUGCCUCAGGUAUUAAUAAUUCAUCUCAAACGCUUCUCAUAUAACCGUUAUUGGAGAGAUAAAAUUGAUACUCUUGUAGAAUUUCCUGUUAGUGGUCUCAAUAUGGCAAAAUAUAUCAUUAAUCCUCAUCAUAAUCCUGCUGUUUAUGAUCUGAUUGCAGUAGCCAAUCAUUAUGGUGGAAUGGGUGGAGGACAUU